AUGAGAGUUUCUCUCUGUCUGAGCGUUUGCCUACUUAUCCUCCACGCCAUCGCGGGUGGCAUUCGGGGAGCUUUUGAACGCCUAUACAUCUGGUGGGCUUAUCAAGCGGAGAUCGAAUAUGCACACAAGGUCUUUGAUUCUUUCGACGUCAGCAAGCUGCAAAUCUGCCAUGGCCAGAGGGGAAGCGGCCCAGGGGCAACUCUCACGUUCGCAGAGUUUCUCGAACUCAGCAACAGACAAGGCAACACUAAGGGAGCUGUCACCAGCAAGACCUUCAAACCAGAUUCCAUCGGCAGCACGGCAGAAAUCAUGCUAAAGCUCACAGGGCAAUACCAAAUGCAAGAGCGAUGGCCAAGACCGACGAACAUUAUAUCCUCCUCUCAGGGCAGAUACACGGACAUGCUAGAUGAGGUUUCCAAUGUAUUGUCCAAAUGCAAGCAGGACCUGGGCGACAGCAGAAGCAUCAAUUUGGCCUUGGAUGCCUUCACAAGAGUAAUCAGAUGGCGUAAGGCAGACUACGAAAAGCAUCGUUUCCCUGCCCUAAAGUCAAACAAAGACUUUGAGGCCAUCAAAGAAUGGAGGUUUUGGACUGUUGGGGGUGACAAAAGAAAUAAGGGGUUAUGGCGCAACUACAUCGACUUCGAGGGUACCAUAGCUUCUGCGCACAAUUCGGGGUACAAGGACAUUGAGAAUCUUGAGAGUCAUGUACUUAACUGGGAGCGAACCACAUACUUCAAGGGCACUGAUGGCGCAAGGGCAAGUCAGCACAAACACACGAUAGUGGCCAUCCAGGAUGCGCUCACUAGAUAUCGCAGUGCCACUGGCUGCUGA